UAUCUCGCCAGGGGCGUCUCCCGACCUUUACCAAGCAGGGUAGCCCCGGGCGCCUCCUUUCCAAAGCCAGGCGGAACUGGAUUCCACAAAAACCAGAGUGCAGGAAGCAAUGAAAGAAAACCAGAACUAAGGGGACAGACCACGUGAGGCCUUGCCUGGAACUGCCAACCGGGAAAUAGGAGGGACGGUCCCCAAGAAUGGGGAUUUUCGGACCAAUCCGUGAGGUGGGGGCGGAGUCUGGGCCCUGACUCCUCCCCACACGGUGAGGACUGUCAGCCCCGGGUGUACCUGCAGCGGUAGCUCUAGGCUCAGUUCACUUUUCACCAUGGACCCAGCUCGGGCAGCUGAGGUGUCCGGCGUAGUGGCUGAGAAAAUGCUGCACUACCGAAGGGAUGAGAGUGGAUGGAAGACGUGUCGGAGCGGCAAAGGAGUUACAAUUUCUUGGAGGCCUUCUACGGAGUUUCCUGGGAACCUGUACAAAGGAGAAGGAAUAAUAUAUGGCACCCCUGAAGAGGUGUGGAAAUUCUUACUACCAGCAGAUAAUGGAUUACGGGCAAAAUGGGAUGAGAAUGUGAAAGACCUUCAAGUCCUUGAAUUGAUCAAAGAUGAUCUCCUCAUAACCAGAACAAUCACACCAUCAGCUGCCAUGAAACUCAUUUCUCCUAGAGAUUUUGUAGACCUGGUACUAAUUAAGAAGUAUGAUGAUGGGACUAUAACUUCUAAUGCUACCUACCUGGACUAUCCAUCUUGUCCUCCACAAUCAGGUUACGUGAGAGGGUUUAAUCAUCCCUGUGGUUGCUUUUGUGAGCCUGUUCCAGGGGAACCGAACAAGACCCAUGUUGUCAGUUUCUUUCAGACUGACCUCAGUGGCUACCUUCCCCAGAAAGUGGUGAACUCCUUUUUCCCUCACAGUAUGGCUGAACUUUACAAUAAUCUCCAAAAAGCAGUGAACAAACUUCAAGAAUGACACUAUUCUCCACGGAAAAACAUCCUAUUGAACCCAUUCACGAACUGGAGUUGCUGAGAUAAAACAGGAGGAAGAAGACAGACACCCACAGGGAUUCUGCUUUCCCUGAUGCCAGCCAUUGACAUAUUUCCUUUCCUCCUCUACCUGCACGAUAGCUUUCACCAAAAAAAGAAAAGGAACCAGAUUUUGUAAAGUCAUUGAAUUAAUGAGAUAUCUUAUCUUUGGCUUUAUUGGAAUUUAGGUAUGGAUGAUUCCUGCAUAGUCUUAUGGAAAGUUUUGGAUUUUGAAUUAGAGGACAUGGGUUCAAACCCUGUUUUUACCACUUACUAUCUGUGUGAUAUUUUACAUCAUUUAACUCCUCUGGGCAUUCGUUUCCAGAUGUUUAAGAUAUCUUCCAACUUUGAAUGAUCCUAAGGAUUAAGUCUAGCAGAAUUUCACAGCUCAGUGAUAAUUGCCUUAAUCAGAUUAUUUUCAUAUGUACCGAGGAAAUAGAAAUUUUUCCAAAGAUAGAAGAGAAAAGUUAUUUGGGAAUAUAAGGCAGUAAGACAGACCCUACUUUGGUAUAUAGGGACAUCAAGAGGGAACCAAGGAUAAAAUCUACUUGAAUUUCAGUUUUACUGGGAUUCUACUGUUAGAAACAGAUGCUUAGAUUUUUGUGUGCAGUGCUUAUAUUGCUAGCUCUUUCCUCCUUGUGUUUUUUAGUGGUUGGUUCUUCCUCCCAUGUGUAAUUACCUUAUAUCUGUCCUUAUUGAACCUUAAGAGACCCCCAUGAUAUCCUUGAAAGAGCAUUGAAUCUAGUCAUCUCUGAGGCCACAGCUUCUCUACCUCUCUGAGUCAUUUUCUCAUUUGCAAAAAUAGGAAUAAUAAUAAUAAUAAUACCUGUUUUAAUUUAAAGAUUCAAUGAGAAUAUAUUUAUAAAGUACUUUACAACUGUGAGGUUCUCUGCAUAUCAGAUAGUAUGGGUAUUUUAUUGUCUUUUUUUUUUGUCCAGUGACAAGUUUGCCAACAUUAUUAUAAGAUCUUAAGCUCGAAGAGACCUCAAAUGUCUAGUACAACACUCCCUGGAGCAUGAAUCUUCUUGGCAACUACUGGUCAAUUAUUCUCUUCUUGAACCAGCUUUGGGGCAGGGAACUCAUUACCUUCAGAAGAAGCCCAUUCUAUUUCUGAGCAGCUCUGAUUGUGAAGAAGUUUUUUGUUUUGUUUUAUUUUUACUUUGUGCUGAAUUUUGCCUUUCAGCAACUCUGAAAUUUUGUUCUGAUCUUCUGAGGAAACAGUCAUGUCCCAUAUCUCAUGUUUUUUGUCAUCUACAAACUUUAUUAAUCUACUUUUUUUUCCAUUGACAACUUCUGUAGAAAAUUACUUAUGUUUAAUCCUGAUAUAUUAUUAUCCAUCAUUUGAGUCUAACCCUUAGCCUAAUUGUGCAACCACUGAAGAGUUGUGUGAUCUAGGCCAUAUUUAUAAGAUAUAUUCUGUAUAACAGAAUAGCGUAUCCUGUUAAAAUAUGGUCUCAGCUGUACUUGAAAAUCAAUUACAAAGUGUUAUCUUAUUCAUACAAAUACCUGAUCCUUAAAAUUAAAUCCUGUUACCUAGACUAUGAGACCAUGACUAAAUAGUCAUUUCAUAUGAAGAUAAUACUUAAAAUGAAGAAGAAAGAUUUAAGGGUGAUGGAAUAUGGUAGCCACCUUCAUGUAUUUCAGUGUGCGCACAUGGAGGAGGGUUUAGAUUCAUUCAGCAUGCACCAGAAGUAAUUGUCCCAAAGGGUAGAAGUUGCAAAAAGGUGAAACUUCUUAACAAUUAGAGCUGCCCAAACAUGGAACAGGGGGCCCUGGGCAGUGCUGUGCUCCUUUCACUAGAAGGCUUCAAGCACAAACUGGAUACCUAUUUGGGGUAUGUUGGAGGGAGAAUUCUUGUUCAGGUUUGGAGUGGACUAGGUAUGACCUCUGAGGAACCUUUCAACCAAGAGUCUGUGAUAUAAAAUUUAGCUUAAAAAGGAACAAGUGCUGGACUUGUGAUUUCAUUGAUAUGGGGAACUUCCAGUUGAGAAAAUAUCUUUUACCAACAAAAAACCACUACUUCUUGGCAAUUUCUAGUCUUAAGAGAGUUGCCUAGAGCACUGAGAGGUUAAAUGAAUUGUCCAGGAUUACACAGUCAGUAUAUAUCACAGUCAGAACUUGAACCCAGAUCUUGCUGGCUUUAAUAUUAGCUCUCUGUAAAUUAUGCUACGCUGCCUCUUUGGGUUAGUAACAAAGCAAUAUUCCAAAUCAUGAUGUGCCUAUCAUCUAGAAGAGUAGGUAUAGAGGGUGGGGAAGGUUUUAAGUAACUGGUGUGAUUCCUAAAUGGUUGGUCUAAUCAAGAUUAUGAGUAUUAUGAGUCUAACAUAGAUCAUGAGUAUUAUUAGCUUUGCUGAGGGGAACAGGCUGGAGAAAGAACGUGGACUGAAGAAACUUAGUCUGACUCAAUGUGUGUCUGUAAUAGAGCUCAAGUCUUUCACUUUUGUUUUAAUGAGCUGAGAGCUGAAUGAUUAUCCGCCUUUCCCCACAUCUUCACUUGACAGUGGUAGUUGCUUAAUCUAAGCAUUUCCAGGGCAAAGAGUAUGGGUAACUGUGGAAGUUGAUGUUUGUAUCAUUAAAAUUCUGCUUUUGUUCAUUGUGA